ACAAUCCAACCAACAAAACAUUCCAUUCCACUUCCAACUUCCCACUUCCCACUUCCCACUUCCCAUCUCUGUCUUCUUCCAUUUUCCCUCAUGUACGGUGGCUUAUCUGAGAGCAACGCCGGAGACAUGGGCUUAUCUCCAGCUCCGGGGCCACCAGGUGGGAUUCCAAGCUAUUUCAUGGCUUCAUUUUAUCCCAUGGACAUGACCAUGGACGCACCACUUGAUCGUGCUUUGCUCGCUUCCAAGAACCACCGUGAGGCCGAGAAACGCCGGAGAGAACGCAUCAAGUCUCAUAUGGAUCGUCUCCGCACUCUCCUCGCUUGUGAUCCCAAGACAGACAAGGCAUCACUGUUGGCCAAAGCAGUGGAGCAUGUGAGAGAUUUGAAACAAAGGACUGCUGAGAUAGCUGAGACACAGCUCUUCCCUUCUGAGAGUGAUGAGAUUAUUGUAAUUCCUGGGGAUGAGCUUUCAUCUUCCGAUGGCCGGAGAUUGGUUUAUAAAGCAUCUUUGUGCUGUGAGGAUAGGUCUGACCUUUUGCCGGAGCUUAUCGAUACACUUCGAGCUCUUCGGUUGAAGACUUUGAGAGCUGAGAUGGCAACACUUGGUGGAAGGGUGAGGAAUGUGCUUGUACUUGCCGGAGACAGUGAAGGUCACCAAGAGGAUGAUGCGGGUGCAGGUGGUUUUUUGAAAGAUGCACUCAAGGAGCUUGUGGAUCGAAGGACUGUCUCAGGUGAUCGAUUGAAAAGGCGGAGGACAGUCGACCGGGACUCUUUGUGAGGCUGUUCUUCUCCACACUAUAUAUCUUUAUAUAUAUAGAUAUAUAUGUCUGUUCUUGUUUUCGGUCUAUGAUUUGCUUGUGUGUGUUGGUUGGGAAGUUCUUCUUCUUCUUCUUCUUCUUCUUUUUGUAUUGUAUUAUGAUAAGUAUGAUGAUGAUGAUGAUGAUGAUUAUAGGGCUAUGGUUUCAAAUGUUUAAGCAAGAGAAUAAGUUAGUAAUUGUUUGCUAGACUUGUUUGCAAGAUUUAGUAACGAACGUUUGAUUGAAGGCAGUUAUAUUUGUCGUUGUUCUUUGUUUGAUGUUAUUA